GGAUAAUAUAAACGUCGCCUCUAAAUACUAUCGUUACAUUCAUUCCCGCACCGGCCUGUACAAAACAUCGAGCAGGUGAAAAAAAAUUGGCCGUAAUUAAUAAAUAGUGCAAGUGACUUGAAACUUUGAAAAUAUCCAGUGGUGUGAUUGAAAGUUUUUUUUAAUAAAAACAAAGAAUGUCGACCGCUUGCAUCAAUGAACGUGUCUUUGAGGACUCCCCCCUCAAGUCGAAGGUAGCUCUUUUCAACAAAGUGGCGGACAAACACGUCCAAAAGCAGGCUAUCAACCCCUUUUCAAAUGGAAAACAGGCUGGGAAUCUACCAAGGCCAGUUAUAUCUAAGGAGGAAUAUGGAAGGCCUCCAAAAGGAUCUCUUUCUGAAAUCAGAGCAUUUAAAGCAACUAUUCAAGUGAGCAGGGAGAUGUUGGAGUUGUGCGAAGUUAUCAAUCAAUGUGGAGAACCCCUUUUCACACCAGAAGAAAAAGUUAAUGAUCCCAGAAUAGUCAUCAGUUUUGGAGAAUUAUUCGGAAUAUAUACCGCUAUCUCAGACAAGGUCGUUGGCCUUCUUCUUAGAGCCAGAAAAUACAAAUUGGUAGACUUCGAGGGUGAAUGUUUGUUCCAAAGGAGAGACGACCAUGUUCCCAUAAUCCUAUCAAAACCAAUCACUGAAAUUAGGAAAAUUUUGAUGGAAAGGAUGGAAACUGCUGGAAAAGCUCUACAGGAAAGUGGAGAACAGUACCUAUAAUAAUUAGUAAAAUAUUUAAUCUUAACUAAAGUAAAAUAUGGACCAUAUCAAAUAACUAAUAUUCAAUAUCGUAAGGAGUUUCCAGCACACUGUGAAAUUAACUUAGAGUAUUAGAGUAAUGUUAAUAAUACAAAUUCCGCUUAGUUCGUAAGUUACGCUGUAGGAUCAUUUUUUAAUUUAAAUAUUUUUAUUUUUUUCUUGUAAUUGUAUAUUUUAGCCAAUUGUAUCAAAAUUUGUAACUGCUUAGUCUUGUUUAAACGAAUCACAUAAUAUCAAUGGAUACAAAUGGUUAUGUUUAUACAAUGUGAUCGUAAUUAACUUUUAAAAUAAUUUUUUUAAAUCAAACUUCUGAUAAAUUCUUUCAAAAUUGAAAAAGUAUUGUGAUUGCACUGAUUUGGAUCAAUAUAUUUUUUAUAUAGUG